GGGGGAGGCCCGGCCGCUCGGCCCCACGCUCGGCCCGGCCCCGCCGCUCAACCUCUCCCAUUGUUCCCCAGGUCGCCCCGGCGGAGGAGCCGGUCCGGGCGGAGGAGCCGCUCCCCGCGAGGCAGGAGGAGCCGCAGCCACAGCCCGCACCACGGCGCCGUGAGGGUAAAGCAGGAGCGAGACGAUCACUGUCGCAGGGGGAAUGAGGAGCGGAAGCAGAGGCACCCGCCGGAGCAGGAGCAGCGCAGGGACAGGAGCGGUGACAGGGACAGGCACAAGGAGCACUCGGACAGAAGGAAGAACCCCAGUGACAGGCCGGGAGCUCGGGGCCACGAGCGGGACACGCAGAACCUGCGGGAGCAGCAGGCAGAGAGGGAGUUCUACAACGAGAGGAGGCGAGAGCAGCGGCAGGGCACCGAGGGCAGCGGCGAGCAGAACGCAGAGCCCUGGCAGUCGGAGGGCAAAGCCAAAGAAAAAGCAGCUGCCAACAAGGAGAAGCCGAGCUUCGAGCUGUCGGGGGCGCUGCUGGAGGACACCAACACCUUCCGGGGAGUGGUGAUCAAGUACAGCGAGCCCCCCGAGGCGCGCAUCCCCAAGACGCGCUGGCGCCUCUACCCCUUCAAGAACGACGAGUUCCUGCCCGUCAUGUACAUCCACAGGCAGAGCGCCUACCUGCUGGGCCGGCACCGCCGCAUCGCCGACAUCCCCAUCGACCACCCCUCCUGCUCCAAGCAGCACGCCGUGUUCCAGUACCGGCUGGUGGAGUACACCCGAGCUGACGGCACCGUGGGCCGCAGGGUGAGGCCCUACAUCAUCGACCUGGGCUCGGGGAACGGCACCUUCCUCAACAACCAGCGCAUCGAGCCCCAGCGCUACUACGAACUGAAGGAGAAGGACGUGCUCAAGUUUGGCUUCAGCAGCAGGGAGUAUGUCCUGCUCCACGAAUCCUCAGAUAAAUCUGAGGCCAAUGCAAAGGAUGAUGAUGAGGAUGAGGAGAAGGAGGAAGAGUCUGACAGUUAACGGAUGAGGAGGAAGUUGGGGAGAGGCAGAGGAGAGAAACUCCUUGCAGUUGAAUUGGACUGGGAUGUGAACAUGGAGCAUUGCAGCACUGAUGCCUCUUGUUGCCUUAAAAUCCUUUCUCUGUUGCUGGUCUGUUCCCAUAGUUUGUUUUGGGGGGCUUUGCUCGUUACUCAUUUUUGAUAGUUUUGCAGGAAAUACAGCUUUACUUUUAUUUUAUUUUAUUUUUCUCCCAAGAAGCUGAAGAGCACCUGGACGUGAAAACUCUGAUGCUGGAAACCCUGCACAGGUGUUGCCAGACUCUUCCAGCAAACCAUGUCAAACACAGCAUCUGGAAAAUUAUUUUUAUGACUUGUUUUGUUUGUCCUUUGAAAAUGCUACAGACUGAAAGGUUAAUUAGAGAAUACCUGAUGCACGUCCUGUUCCGUAGUUUGCCAAAUUCCUCUGCCUGUUGGGAGUUCUGACAGGAGAAUUUACCUGGAUCACUGCUAAAAUGGCAGAAAAGUGGCAAAGACCCUCAUGUAUUUGUAUGUUCUGGAUGUUUCACUUGCCUCAUGCUGACUGAGGGACAGGCAUUUCACUGGAAUUCCCCCUCGAAAUCACAAGGGAAUGUGAAACAGAAAUUGGACAGUUCCUGGAAUUUCAGAUGGUGAGACUGUGACCUAAGCUUCCUGUUCCCACACAUGAUGCUGAAACUGCCCUGGAUGGGGAGUGUCUGCUAUGAAAGUUGGAGCCGUUAUUCCUGACCCCACCCCAGGAUUUGUUUGUGUCACACAGAAACACCUUUGGUAGGGUGACAUGUUUUAACCAGUUUGCACUAUUUAAGUUCCCUUUUUAUAAAAACUUACCCAAGUCCCUUGUUUAACGCAGUAAAGAAGUCAGUGUUUAGGGAGAGAGGCACCAGUCCCACUCACUGCAGAGUCUUUGGUGUCUCCUCCACGUUGCUCUGUGUUCAGUGUGUGUGUCCCACACUUCAGCUGGGUGUUUGUGGUCUCACCUGUUCGUCCCUGCUGUGUAUGGACUGUACACAAAGGUGCUUGUUGUACACAUUGACAGUGUAAAUAUGGGGCAUUGCUGUGGGGUUUCAGAUGGGUAGGGAGGGGUUUGAGGAGAAGGAGCUCCUUUAUAUCAACUCCAAGGGUUUUUAAAUAUACAGUUUGUAAAUUUAGCCAUGAUUGCUUUCAGUUGUAAUAUUUUUCUAGUGUCUUUUUUUUUUUCCCCUCGAAAGGAAUGAAGUUUCAGUACUUUUUUAUGUAGUAAAGGAACCAAAUGAGUUAAAAACUGCACAGGUUGUAUCCUAGAGAGGCUGUAAGCACAGCAGGUUUGUAUUGCUCCCCUUGGCCUGGCCUUUCUCACCUAGGUGUGGCCAGGGUGGCUCAUUCUGUCCCCUGUCACAGUUCACACAGGAAUGUGAAGUGACAGAAUUGCUAUACUGCAAAAGUGCAAACUGGCCCCCCAGAGUCACGUUUAAUAGGACUGUAGAAAGGUUUGGGUUGGAGGUGUCAGGAAAAUUAUUCCACAAACACCAGAGUUUUAUGUUACAGAGGAGCCCUGUAACUUUAUUGGAAUAAAGGGAGAGGCCAUGGGGUGUUCCCCAUGGGAUCUCUCAAUUUGUGGGAGAGCACAGACUCCUUUUUAUCCCAAUUUCCCUCUCUC